GUUCUGCUCCAACUUAAAUUAAAAGCUGAAUACCCCAGGCCAGCGAUAAGGCAACCAGGUACCACACAGCCGUAACAAUUUUCCAGUCAUGUCACAAAUCAUAACUUGCAAAGCGGCAGUAUGUUGGGGAGAAGAAGAGGAAGUGAAGGUGGAAGAGAUACAAGUGGACCCUCCAAAAUCAGGUGAAGCCAGAAUUAAGAUGCUUUGUGCCAGUAUUUGCCACACCGACGUUUUAUGCUGCAAAGGCUUUCCCCUCCCUUUGUUCCCUCGAGUUCUCGGGCAUGAAGGUGUUGGGAUAGUGGAGAGCAUUGGGGAAGGAGUGCGAGAGCUAGGAGAAGGAGAUAUGGUGGUCCCAACGUAUUUAGGAGAGUGCGGAACGUGUGAGAAUUGUAUGUCCGGAAAGACCAAUCUAUGCCAGACCUACCCUCUCCAAGCUUUCACUGGUCUAUUGCCCGACGGCACCUCCAGGAUGUCGAUUAAUGAUGGAGGAGGUGGUGGUCAAACUAGGCUGUACCACUUCUUGAGCUGCUCCACUUGGUCUGAGUACACAGUUGUCGACGCCCACUACGUUGUUAAAAUUGACCCAAGGAUACCUCUCCCACACGCCAGCUUUAUUUCCUGUGGAUUCGCCACCGGAUUUGGGGCAGCCUGGAAAGAAGCCAAGGUUCAAAAGGGUAACACCGUUGCUGUUUUGGGUCUCGGUGCUGUUGGACUUGGUGUGAUGGAAGGGGCUCGGACGCGUGGAGCAACAAGAAUAAUUGGAGUGGACAUAAAUGACACAAAACGCGAAAAAGGCAUGGCAUUUGGAAUGACGGAUUUCAUAAAUCCUCGAGAUUCAGAUAAAUCCAUCUCAGAAUUAGUGAUGGGGGUGACAGGAGGGCUGGGUGUGGACUACUCUUUUGAAUGCACUGGAGUCGCCGCCUUGGUCAAUCAGUGUAUCGAGUCCACAAAAAUCGGGGUAGGGAUGUCAAUCUUACUUGGGGCAGGAACUCAGAAAACAGUCGAGAUCAACUUCUUUCCCCUGCUUGGGGGUAGGGCACUCAAGUAUUCUAUUUUUGGUGGGAUUAAAGUCCAGUCAGACCUACCCUUUCUAGUUGACAAGUGCGUAAACAAGGAAAUCGAGAAAAUUGAUGAGCUCUUGACUCAUGAAGUUCAACUGGAAGAUGUGAACAAAGCUUUUGAGCUACUGAAGAAACCAGACUGCCUUAAAGUUCUGAUCAACUUUUAACCUUCAUUCAUCAUCUCCGCCGGAAAUCCGAGAUGUAUAUUGUUUCGUGUCUGUCAGAUUCUGUAUAAUCUUGAAUAAAAGUUGGGUCCUUCCUGCAUAAUUUAUAGUCCAACUAACGGGGAUUGUGACUCAAA